AUGGGCUCAACGGAGACUCAGAUGGCGAUGUCGCCAGACUUUCGAUACAUUCCCCUAUCAUACAUCCAUGCGGACUCGCAGGCCUCUGCUCUGAGGCUGAUCCUAACCCUCAAUCCUGACUGGGAAGGCCCUGGUAACGAGAUCAAGUUCGUGCGAUUCACGGAUGGCAUCACCAAUACUCUCUUGAAAAUCAUCAACGUGAAGCCUGGCCUGACGGAGGAAGAAAUAGACAAUGAGGCAGUACUGAUGAGGGCAUACGGAAAUGGCACAGAGAUACUCAUAGACCGCGAAAGAGAAACAAGGUCUCACGCGCUUUUGGCCAGUCGCGGUCUGGCUCCACCCCUCCUCGCCCGAUUCAAAAACGGUCUGCUCUACCGCUUCAUCCGCGGACGGCCUUGCGGUCACCAGGAUCUAGUCUCUCCGCCUAUCUGGCGCGGUGUUGCCCGUCGCCUGGCGCAGUGGCAUGCUGUCCUGCCCAGAAGCGUAGCUGCGCAUGUUGAGGGUGAGUCUGUGACCGAGAUUGCGGGCUCCAAGGACAACGAUAUUACUGUAAUCCAGCCCCGGCGUGCGGGCCCAUCCAUGUGGGCUGUGCUGCAGAAAUGGGUGUUGGCCUUGCCGGUUGCCACGCCCGAACAGCGCGCCCGCCGAUUAAGUCUGCAGGCCGAGCUGCAAUGGGUCUUGGAUAUUCUGGAUGACGGAAAAGGAUUCGGCGAGGAUGGAUUGGUCUUCUCCCACUGCGAUCUGCUCUGUGCAAACGUCAUCGUCCUUCCCAGCAAGAACGGUGCACCAACUCCUGAGGACGGUAUCGCGCCUGUUAACUUCAUCGAUUAUGAAUAUGCCGUCCCCGCGCCUGCCGCAUUCGACAUCUCGAACCACCUUGCCGAAUGGGGUGGCUACGACUGCGACUACAACAUGAUGCCGACUAAGUCUGUGCGCCGUCAGUUCCUUACUGAAUACACGAAGAGCUACUGUCAACAGCUUGGUCUCGAUGCUUCAUCUCAGAUGGUUGACCAAUUAUAUGAUGACGUUGACCGCUUCCGUGGCAUUCCUGGCCUCUACUGGGGCGUGUGGGCACUUAUCCAAGCACAAAUCUCACGAAUCGAUUUCGACUACGCCAGCUACGCUGAGACUCGUCUCGGUGAAUACUACGCAUGGAAGCGCGAGGUCGAUGGAAGCCGCAAGCAAUCCGGCGAGGAGAUGCCGCUGCGUGAAUCCCGCUGGGCGUCAGAGGUGUAA